ACCCUUCGGCGGCGGGGGGCCGCAACUGUCGGGCCGGCGGGGCGUGGGAAGGCGCCGGGUCGGAGGCCGGAGACCGCGCGAGGCCCGGGCCUCCCCGCCGACCCGCUCCGACGCGUGGGCCGGCCCCGCCGGGCCGCGGUGUCCUCACAGAACCGCGCUGCAGUGUAUGAACGUUUCAGAGAGCUAGGAAGCGUUCAGAAGCCAAGUCAUGGAUCCACCUGCCCGCAAAGAAAAAUCCAAAGUUAAAGAACCUGUCAGCAGAGUGGAGAAGGCCAAGCAGAAAUCAGCCCAGCAGGAGCUGAAGCAAAGACAAAGAGCAGAGAUCUAUGCCCUCAACCGAGUCAUGACAGAGCUGGAGCAGCAGCAGUUCGAUGAGUUCUGUAAACAGAUGCAGCCUCCCGGAGAGUGAGCCACCCGUGUCCAAACGACACGGCCCCCGGAGGCUGUGCUGGUCAGCUUGUUGCCAGUUUUAGGCUGAGCCGGUCCAGUUGGAACCUUACAGAACCAGACAAGACGACAUCUGGGUUCUUCCUAAAACUGGAUAAAUGUGAACUUCCUGUGUGUGACUCCUGCUUCACUGGUUACUCCCGUCUGAAUUGGCCCGAUGCUUGCUGAAGAGACUUGUUUUAUUCUUCUAAGACACUAGACCCUAGAUUUCUUUUUUUUUUUUAACUUUUUCUAUUGUUUGAGAAAAAAAUCAGUGUUUCUCGUGAAACUGUAG